AUGGAUGCUAUUUUGGGCUUCCGGCUAUCUCGCAUUAUCUUUGACGGACCGAAUUCCGAACUGAACAAAACGGAGAACUCACAGCCGGCUAUAAUGGCGACUUCGAUACUCAUUCUUCGAAUUCUGGAGAAACAUUUCGGGUUUGAUACACGAUCCCGUGUGGACGUGACUCUUGGGCAUAGUCUGGGGGAGUUUUCGGCUCUUGUUACUGGAGGCUACCUUGAUUUCAGCGAUGCUCUGAAGCUAGUGCGACGCCGGGCGGAAAUAAUGGCCGAGUGCACGCGGCGUGCGCACGAGGAGUCUAGCGAAGAAUAUGGAAUGGUGGCUCUAGUCUGCGAACCCCACCGUCUGGAUGGACUGCUCCGAACCAUUCAUGAAUUCCUGGGUCUUGCGCCCUCAGGCUUGAGGGACGACACAAGUUGCGGAACGCCGCCGAUUGAGCAAAUAGUCUUGAGCGGCAGUGUCCAAAGAAUAAGGACUCUUCUGAUUCAACUUCGCCAAUUUGGUGGCCAUGAUCCUCGUGCAGUCCGGUUGAACAGCAAGAGCCCCUUCCACAGCCCUAUUAUGGCGCCCGCCGCAGAUUACAUGAAGCGUGCUCUUGAGGAGAUUCGAGUCAAUUUCCCAGCUGAUAUGCCGUGCAUAUCGAAUGUUACCGGUCUGCCCUUCAGAUCAAAGGAGGAGCUCAAACGGUUGCUAUCAAAGCAGUGUGUUGAUACUGUCAGAUGGUGGGACAGCAUCCGAUAUCUAGACCAAGAGCAGGGUGUCAAACGAUGGAUCGGUAUUGGACCAGGAAAGGUCGGGCGAAACUUGGUAGGAAAAGAAGUAGGGAGAGUCACGGCCAAAGGCGGCGGCGUUUGGGCUGUCUGCGACCCUCGUGAGGUCGAGGAGAUGAUUCGAGGUUUGGAGCAGACAGAGUCUGAUGUGAAGCUGGUUGUUGAUUGA